UUCAGUAUCGAUGCACAUUUAGAUUGAGUAUCAUGACUUGGAAAAUUGUGCAAUAUUUGAUGCUCUUGGGAAUGAUACUAACCAUUAGUAGUUUAGCAGGAAGUUCGAGUAAUCGCUGUGACCACCAAUGUAACAAAUAUUGUACCGAGAAGUUACAGCCAACACUAAGCCAGAUGGUUGACAUAGAAACUUGUGGGGCCGCAAAUUCGAAUAUUAACAGUCGUACUUCAGAGACACUAAACAAAUCAAAAGAUGAAAUAACAAUAAGUGACGCAAACUUUAAGCGAUUCAAUGGCAGAUUCUAUCACAGAACAAAGGGGCAAAAUAAGCUCAGUUGGUAUGAAGCUGUUCAUAGGUGUCAUCAGCUGCACUCGCAUUUGUAUGGUAUUAGAGACGAGGCUGAGUUCGAUACGAUGGUCGAGGAUCUGAACAUCGACUGGCGAAACAACUAUUGGAUCGAUAUAACUGACCUUGAUGUUAAACAUCAAUAUCACUCAUUUUGUCGUGGCGAAAUUUCAACAUAUUUUAACUGGCAUAUUGGUAAACCAGAAAACUGCAGCGGAGAUGAGCGUUGCGUUGAGUUACAAAAUAUUAAUGGAACUGUACGUAUGAAUGAUCGAAGCUGCGAAUAUCUAAAUAAUUAUAUAUGUGAGCUCAUAGAGUGAGAUAUUAUGCACUAUAAUUAAAUAAAAUUAUAUUCUUGAUAACUGCUAAA